AAGCUAUCUGCAUCCGACCAAAUAAUAGAGAAGUUAGCAUUUCCGCUGCCUUUAUUAUUCCUCACACUUUUUAAAUUGUCACCAAGUUUAGCUGAGUUGACGCAACUAUUAACCAAAACUCUCUCUUCUCUCCCUUCCAUCUCUAGAAACCAACCAAACCUUAUCCUCUUCUGCUUAGCUCCGGCGUCAGAGGCUCGGACCCUCGUCCGGUGCUCACGUUAGAUUCGGCGUCGGAGGCUCCUCUUCUUCCUCUCUCCUCGUUUUUCUUUUGCUCCUCUGAUUGUCUUGUCCUCCUUACCGCCUUGCUUGUUGCUCUGUGUUUGAAGCUCUGUUUGCGACGUCUUCGCUCGAGAGAAGCAACGCUGCGGGUCCGAGUCUAUUAACCAUGGUGUUGCGGCGCGGUGGGUGCUGGCUGGUGCUGUCGGAGGAGUCGGCGUUUAGGGUUUUGGAGGCGGUCCCUUAAGCUGCUUCCAGAGUUGGCGGCGCGUGGAGGUGUGACCUGGGCUCCUGUUGCAGAUCUGACCUCCGGUCCUCCAGAUCUGAGGUCUCUACUGGUCUGCGACGUUGCGGUGGAGGCUACGGUUCAGUUGCUCUAUCCUUGGUGUCUUGGUAAGGGCGUGUACUUUUUUGUCUUCGUCUAUGGUGUAUUGGAGCUCUCUCUAGCUCGAUUGCAAGCUUAGCCAACGGUGGUGGUGCGUAUCUCUGCUUGCGGUGUUGGCUUGUGGUAGGUUCAGUGGCGUGGUGUUGGCGUUGGUCGUCUAUGGCCGCUCCGAGACGUCGCUGUGACCUCCCUCCUAUCUGGACUCUCUCUUCUCGGUUCGUGUUCAGGACCAGUCCCCUGAAGCUUUGUCGACUGGCUUCUUUGGUCUUGCUCGUAUGGUUAUAUGGUCUCGAUUGCCCGUUGUCACCGGUCGCAAUCUCUGACAGUGAUAAAGUUGUUCGCUUUAGGUUCUCUAAGGUGGCGUUUGGUGAUGAUGCUGAAGGCUCGAGUGGUCUGCGGGUCUUCUUGGUAUUGUCAGUGGCUCCAGACGGUGUUGCGCACAUCCCAGUACCGUGGCGUCCCCUUGGUUGCUCUCGGUAGUGUUAGCUUCACUAAUACUUUUGCAGGUCUCCGAGCAGUUCUGUUUCAUGUGCAGCAGCCUUCUCAUUCCCGACUUUUGCGUACCGUUCUUGGUGUGGAGACUUUGUUUCUCUAUGCCAUCGAUCGGUUGGGCGCUUUUGGAGAUUACAGAGGGACAUGGAUCAAUUUUCAAUGGGUAUGUGAUCUAUCUCCCUUCUUCGAUAGCGUCUGUGCGUAAUGUGGUGAAGGUUAUAAGUUUCGAGGAGAUCAUCGAGAUCUAGCUACUCCGGAGACGACACGGGAACUCCCGGCAUCCGAGGAAACGAGGAGAACCUCACUUUCCCGUGGUUAUCGUUGAUGGUUGAGAACAGAAAUCGAUUUCUAAUGUUUACUUAAAAACAGAUUAGCGGAAUGUGCCGGGUUUAGUGGGUGGGCGAAGCUAGUUGUUGUAAUACGUAGACUUGGAAGCUUUUGUUUGAAUCGAGCUUGUAACCGAAACCCGUCCGGUUUAUUUAUAAUAUAUAUAUUAAAAAAAAAAAAAAAAGUUUAGCUGAGUUCCAAUACUACACACUCUUGCCUUACAACUAUCACUCUUGCUCAUUUCGGUUUAUCCUGAUGUGCAAGAAGCGCUGUGAUUAGGGUGUUGUGUUGUCUUUUGUUCUGAAUUUAAUUAACACCAAGAUUGGCUUAUGUGGUCUAUCUUGGUUUAAUUCUACAUGUUUCUUAGGAGUUUUUUAAUUUUUUUGCGGCUUCUAAGAACAAAUCAACUUUCGAGCAGAAUCUGGUUCAACUUUGUUGUAACCAAACUUUCAUUCAUUAAUGAUAUUUACAAUUUAGCAAAAAAAGAAUACUUUGACACACCAGCCUGGUCCCUUAAAGCCCAUCAGGUAACCCAUUUAAGACAAGAGGGACUGAGGGAGAGAGCUAGUCUCUUUCCACAUAACCUGCGUAUUUGCGUAUUUGCCAUGAUGAUAACUUCUUCAUCUCCAACCUCAAAUGGUUUCUCCAAGCGAAUAUUUUCACAACACUUUUUCGGAAUACCCAUGACAGACAGUGCUACUACCCAUCUGCAGUCGCUGCGUAAACCACUCUCCUUUUCAUUCAAAUAUACACCUUUUUCAGCUUUCAUAAUCCUGUGACCAAGUCCAUUCCUUGUAUGUCUACAACCAUCCAGAUUUCACUUCUCAUAUUCGAGCAUGUCUUGCUCUAGUUAAUUUUAGUAUUUUUUGUUAACAAAAAUAUAUUCAUCUUUUCAUUUUAUUUUGUAUUUAUUUAACUCUAAAUUCUGACCGCUUCUUCCAGAGUUGAAUUACAAUCCGAAUAUCACGGUUUUUAUUCGCCGAUUUCGUUAAUAAACCCACAGCUAGACAAAAUUGGCUUCACAACAUAAUGACGCCAAUCACGUUGAAUUGAUCUUUCGUUACUAUCAUCUCAGACAGCGAAACGAGGUCACGUACUUUUAAAGUCUUGUCUCUUUUUUUUUUGUUUGGUCAACAAACUCUUGUCUUAAUAUUCCACAAAAUCGAGUUAAACGAGGUCUUUCCCUUGACUGCAAACAAAAAAAAACCUGACUUUUCUACACUCUCCACACCAUAAAUUAAGCUAAAACUUUCUUAAGAAAAAAAAAAUUACAAAGCCAUGUUCGUGAAGCUCCUCACCAUUGUCUUCUUCAGCCUACUCUCUCAGUUCCCAGAAUCCUCUUCCCAAGCUCUUGACUUCACGUACAAUGGCUUCCUUCCUCCUCUCACCGACAUAUCCCUCGAAGGGAUCGCCACCAUCACGCCCAACGGUCUCUUGAAGCUAACCAACUACACCAUGCAGAAAACAGGUCACGCCUUCUACACCAAACCAAUCCGGUUCAAAGAUCUUCCAAACGGCACCGUUUCUUCCUUCUCCACAACUUUUGUAUUCGCUAUUCAUUCCGAGAUCCCGAGCCUUAGCGGCUACGGCAUGGCAUUCGUCGUGGCUCCUAACCCAAGGCUCCGUUACGCGACCGCAAGUCAGUACAUGGGUCUCUUCAACAUCACAAGCGACGGUAAUGUCACAAACCACGUGUUCGCUAUCGAGUUCGACACGAUCCAGAGUCCAAAGUUCAGUGAUACCGACGAUAACCAUGUAGGAAUAGAUAUCAACAGCUUGAUAUCUGUGGAGAGUUCGCCCGCUGGGUACUGGGACAUAAAAGGCCAGUUCAAGAAUCUUACUUUGAUAAGUCGAAAACGGAUGCAGGUUUGGGUUGAUUAUGAUGGUCAUACCCAUCAGAUCGAUGUAACAAUGGCUCCGUUCAGAAAUGACAAACCGAAAAAACCGCUUGUUUCGGUCGUUAGAGAUCUUUCUUCUGUUCUUUUGCAAGAUAUGUUCGUAGGUUUCUCUUCUGCCACCGGUUCCAUUCUGUCCGAACAUUACGUUCUCGGAUGGAGUUUCCGGGUGAAGGGGAAUGCUCCACCGUUGGAGUUUUCAAAACUUCCCAAACUUCCGAGGUGGGAGCGGAAAAGAAUAUACAACAUCUUCAAGACUUGGAUGCCUUCGGUUUGCAUAUUUUUGAUUCCCUUCUUGUUUAUUUCCACGCUCAUCAUACUCGUGCGCUUCGUCGUGAGGAGGAGGAGGAGGUUUAAGGAGGAGCUCGAAGAUUGGGAGACAAGGCUUGGGAAGAACCGAAUGAAGUUCAAGGACUUGUACUGCGCCACCAAAGGGUUCGAAGAGAAGGACCUUCUCGGAUCCGGUGGGUUUGGAACUGUUUACAGAGGUGUCAUGCUGAAGACAAAGAAAGAGAUCGCUGUGAAAAGAGUCUCGAGCAAAUCCCAUCAAGGGUUGAAAGAGUUUGUGUCUGAGGUCGUGAGUAUCGGUCGGAUGAGUCAUCGGAACUUAGUCCCUCUCCUGGGUUAUUGCCGCAGGAGGGACGAGCUUCUUCUGGUGUACGAGUACAUGCCUAAUGGAAGUUUAGAUAAGUAUCUGCACAAUAAUCCAGAGGUAACUCUGGACUGGAAACGGAGGAUUAAAGUCAUUAAAGGUGUGGCAUCCGCCUUAUUCUACCUUCACGAGGAAUGGGAACAAGUGGUGAUUCACCGUGACAUCAAAGCCAGCAACGUCUUGUUAGACUCGGAGUACAAUGGGAGACUCGGGGAUUUUGGUUUAGCUCGAUUGUGCGGUCACGGGUCAGACCCUCAAACCACGCUAGUCGCUGGAACAUGGGGAUACCUAGCCCCUGAUCAUGUCAGGACAGGACGGGCCACUACCGCUACCGAUAUUUUUGCGUUUGGGGUGCUUUUACUAGAAGUAGCAUGCGGUAGACGUCCUAUCGAGAUUCAGAACGAGAAUGGUGAUCAGAGGGUCUUUAUCUUGGAUUGGGUUUUUGGAUUUUGGGAUGAGGGGAACAUCUUGGACGCCAAGGACCCGAAGCUAGGGACGGAAUAUGACCGAACAGAGGUCGAAAUGGUUUUGAAGCUAGGUUUGUUGUGCUCACACUCCAACCCACAUGCUAGACCAACUAUGAGAGAAGUGUUACAUUAUCUCAUGGGAGAUGCAAUAUUACCAGAUUUGUCGCCUUCGGACUUGCGUGGGAACGAGAUGAUGAGGUUGGAAAUCCACCAGGGACUUAGCGAGACAGGCAUGUUUACAUGUGGGUCUUCGAUGGUUAAUUCUAUGGUCUCCGCUUCCAGUGGGAGGUGAAUUUUAAAUAUCAGAACCUUUUUGUGUCUUACAUUAAUUGUAGAAAACAUCCCUUAUCGCCACGAGAUGUGGGACCGUGUUGUACGUUGACUUUGAAAUAUAUGAAAUUUUAUGCGUGAAAGACCAGUUUACUCUUGCAUUUAGUCAUGUACAUAUAGC